AAAAGUGACACAACGUAAAUUCAUUCAACAUCAGCCCGUCGUACGUCUGUGGCAACGAACGGAAUCAUCAUAAAGUGCAAAGCAAGGAGAAAAGUAAAAACCAUCAUUUUGUGUUGUUGAAAACUGUUUUAGCAAACGAAAAUAUAUCCACUCCGUGUGCGCGUGACAAGGAAAAGUUUCCACCAUCAUGCCAUCUUAACGAGGUAGCUGAUUGAUACUGGAAAGUUGUUGCCUUUCCUCGGAAGGCUUUUUCAGUUGCAUUCAAGGUGAGAUUGCACCGUACUUCCGUGAGGACGACGACACUCGUGUGUAACAAAGUUACAUAAACAUUUUGCUUAGACUGCAGGGAUAAGAUUGCCGUCGAAAUCAGAGUGUUCCAGCGCGGGUGGUUCCAAGGUCAACGCUUUUGGUUGGAAAAGUGUAGAUUGUUGGGCGUUUACAGAAUAUUUUAUCAGACUGACUACACAAAAAAAACUGCACAAUGGAGUGACACGCGCAGGUAAUGACGAAACGAUGAUGAGUUCUUAUCAGUCAGCAGAAAGCCUUCGCUUCGGCAUAAAACGAUCAACGCUAUUCUUCUCGCAACUGGUGAAACGAAACCAACCGGCAAAGGUAUAGGAAUAUGAAGCUGACGUCAUUUCGCAGUACCACGUAACGGCGAAAAUUAGAGCAAGAACAGUGCAGACAACAAAUUAAAGCCCCCGCUUGGAAGUCAUCAAUUUGUGGUCUCGGGGACUGACGGUUCGGAACAUCAUAGAACCAUGGACACCUCCAGUGGAGCAUUCAUCAAAACCAUCGAAUGGGACAUGAUGGACAAGAAGAAGUUCUUUCCCCUAUCAAUGCUGAGCUCAUUCGCGGUACGGUGUGCACUGUAUCCGCUGACCGUCAUCAAAACACAGCUACAGGUGCAGUACAAAAACGACAUUUACAAGGGCAUGAUCGACGCCGGCAGUAAAAUCUACCGGGGCGAGGGCGUCCCCGGACUGUACCGUGGCUUCUGGAUUUCCUCGGUGCAGAUCGUGUCCGGGGUGUUCUACAUCAGCACCUACGAGGGAGUGCGGCACGUCCUGACCCAGAACGGAGCCAGCGACCGAAUGAAAUCUCUGGUAGCCGGUGGUUGUGCCUCACUGGUCGGCCAAACCAUCAUCGUCCCAUUCGAUGUGAUAUCGCAACAUGCAAUGGUUUUGGGCAUGGCAGCGUCAGCGGGCGCCAAGUCCGGUAGUGUAAAUACUCUGGGUAUAAAUUUCGACAAACGGAGCAGUCGGUUGCGGAUAACGGUGGACAUUGCUCGGGAAAUUACGCGCAGAGAUGGAUUCAAGGGAUUCUACCGGGGGUACACGGCCAGUUUAAUGGCUUACGUACCGAAUUCGGCCAUGUGGUGGGCAUUUUAUCAUUUGUAUCAAGACGAAAUUUUGAAAGUAUGCCCACCCUGGGUAUCCCACCUGCUUGUACAGUGCGUGGCGGGUAGUUUAGGAGGUUUUACCACGACAAUCAUUACGAACCCACUGGACAUAGUGCGGGCGAGACUGCAGGUGCAACGGCUGGACUCGAUGCAGAUUGCGUUCCGCGAGCUCUGGCACGAGGAACAUUUCCACAUGUUCUUCAAGGGCCUCACCGCACGACUGGUACAAUCCGCCGCAUUCUCAUUUAGCAUUAUCUUAGGCUAUGAAACGAUCAAACGCGUCUCGGUAAACGAACAAUACAAACAUCUCAUAAGGUGGUGAUUUGGAAAUAGCGAUGCGCGGAAUGGGUGCUACCUGAAUCUGUACUACCAGGGAGGUAGUGCACAGUGGAUGAGAGAAAAAAAACAAAGCCAAAAGACUUCUGCUGCCAGCCUGUCGGCGGAUCUUGUGCUGGAAGCAGCAGUAACAAUGAUAAUAAUUGUAAUAGGCAUAUUUUUCCGUUGGCUAGAUGGUAGUAAAUUAGUUCUUAAACUGUGGGUAGCAGAGUGAACGAGCAACGUCAGAUUGCCUCAAACCGUUUGUUUCAGAAUGAGUGUAAGAAUAAAUGGUAGCAGAAGUUAAGCAGAAACUUUAGAUUAGCAUAGUACUAACCAAAAACUAGCCUAUUGAAUGAAUAAGAGAAGGUGUUUGUUAUUCCUACAACAAUUAAGAAUGGAACAACAAUCACUCAGUCGGAAAGAACUAUCCGGCGGCAUCCACUCACCGCACAGUCACUCAAAACAACAUGAUGAAAUGUUGAAUGUUUCUGUUACACCUGACAGUGGUUAACCAACAAUAAUGACCAUCGUCGUCGAUCGCACGAGGUGACUGUUGCUGGUGCUUUAUUUACAAUUACUCUCAAUGUUACCGUCAUCAUAGUCUCUUAUGUUGGACUUAUUUUUAAAGGUAAUUUUUUUUUUUUGCAUAAUUUGUGAAGCUUCAUUAUUUUUACCAGUAGCAGAGAUUCAAGUUGUACGAUUCGAAAAAUCGAGCAACGGAGCUUUAAUGAAAAGCGCCGUCUACAUGUAAUUACUAUUGUAGGAAUAGUGUUUUUCGUGCCGCAUCUACAAAUCGAAACAGUUAUGGCAAAUACAACAUGUU